CUACGUAGCGACUGCCUAUGAUGAAGGCUGGUGGCCGCUUCAAUUUUGCCUUGAUUGGACUAGCGUGCAUGUGACUGGUUGUUGGAGCAACGCGGCUUCCACCAACGGAUGUUUAUCGAUAAACUCGAUUCGAUUUGCUUCAACUCCUUCUUAUUUGCCUCCUUCCCAGCCUUCAUCGCAUCGACCUUCACCCACCGCCCAACGCCAUCAACGACUGCAACGAUACCAACACAGUUGAUAUCACUAUCACAGCAACAUUUCGCCGAGUGAACUCGUGUUUCGCUCUUUCUUCGCCGCCAUGGCGGCCUCCGACGACCUGAUCGAUUUCGACAUCAUCGAGAACCAAAAGGAGAACAUUCAAUCUCUGCCGGGAGGACGGUCUGCUCGGGAACUGGCCCGUAUCUUCAGCCCCCGAGAGACAACAGACAAGCUUGCGGUUCCAUCGCCAAACGAAAUGAAGAGCGUCAACGAUGCUGUACGACAAGAAUACGAGGCGGAGCUGCAAGCCAUCGACGAAUCUGAUGACCCGCUCGAUAUUUACGACCGAUAUGUGAAAUGGACGUUAAACGCCUACCCUUCCGCUCAGGCUACCCCUGAAUCAGGGCUUCUUCCCCUCCUCGAACGCGCUGUGAAGCAUUUCCUCUCCUCCGCUCACUACAAGAACGACCCCCGCUACCUACGCUUGUGGCUGCAAUACAUCCGACUAUUCUCCGACUCGCCGCGAGAGACCUUCGCCUUCCUGGCGCGUCAUCACAUUGGUGAGGGCCUUGCGUUGUUCUAUGAAGAGUUUGCAGCUUGGCUGGAGGGUGCAGGGCGGUGGACACAGGCAGACGAGGUCUAUCACCUUGGUCUCGACCGAGAGGCCCGGCCAGCGGAACGCCUGGCCCGCAAAUACCGCGAAUUCCAGCACCGCUAUGAACAACGGACGCAGGACAAUGGCCCCUCAUCCCCAGCCUUGCCCGCAGUCCGCCCAGCCUUGGCUGCAAAGGUUAAUCCCUUUGCAUCGGCUACACCCGCCUCCCCUGAUCCUCAGGCCGAGCGCGCGGCACCCGCCCGGAGCGCCGCCCCCAAGACAAAAUCCGGCAAACCGAAGAUGGCGAUCUUUUCCGAUGCCGACGCAGCGAGCCAGCCGGCGGUCAGUGGCCCGGCGCAAGGGUGGGACAGCAUCGGCUCAAUGCAGGAUCGACGCAAAGAGAAUAGGGUGGAAGCGAAGCCUUGGGCAGGAGAAACGUUGAAGGCCGGGAAGAAACCCGUGCCGAAGGAGAAGAUGACGAUAUUCAGGGAUGAGUCACAAUCCAAAAUCCAAGUCAAACAAGAUCUUCCAGAUAUUGUACCAGAGCACCGCGUAAAGGAAGCAAUCAAUCCACGUACCGGGCGGCGGGAACGCGUUUUCGUCAACCUCGAUGCUGUAUACCCUGACUAUAAGAAUCCGAACCACGAAGUGAGCUUCGAGGAGCUCAGGGCGCUCCACCGUGGAUGGCUGGAGAAGGAUUGGCGGGUGGCCAAACAGCCCCUCAGAGAGAUUCCUGGCAAUUCCAAUGCGGAAAUGCCCAUGGAGAACCCACUUCAACAUGGCAUAGAAAAUGAACUGCCAGCUCAGUUCAAACAGAAACUGACCGUGAGGGAUAGCGACAAUCAUCCGCAGGAACAAGCUGAAGCACGCGCGGCCCAAGAGAACAAGACCAAGGCGCGGAAAAUGAAAAUGCGCGAAGUCAAGCAAGAAACGCAGACAAUCAAAAUGAAGUUCGAUUCUCCAACUGGAAGCAAGAUCCGUCGGAAAAGCACUGCUGAACCUACCAUGACAAUACACACACGAGCUGCAACGGAUGAGAUCUAUAGUAUCUUCAAUCAACCACUGAAGGCGGAGACGGAUCACGCAGCUGAGAGUGACUUUGACGAUGACGAUUACACUAGCGCUGGGGAAAGUACUGUGACGGGUCAUAUCUCAGCUGCAUCCAGCGAUUUCGGCGACGAUGAGACGACAACGUUUCAUAAGUCCUUUGACGAGGAUGGCUUCGAGGAUAACACACGGGCCGAAAGUGUUAUUGAUGGUGAAUGGACGCAGUUCUCGGCUUGCGAUGUGCCUGAAUCGCACACCUCCCGUUCACUUGCUGAGGAACACCCUCCAUACAAUGAUGCAGAAAAUGAAGAACCGUUCGACGAGAAUUCCGAUCUUCAACAGCCUGAAAGACAGCGCUUUGUACCAGAAAUGCCGGAAGACUAUGUUGCUCCCUAUGGCACCUACCGCGAUCCUGCAAUGGUAGCUCAGAACCGCUUGCCAUUUAUGACUCCUAUUGUUGAGCAGACGGAGUACUCCAUCUCGAUGACAGCAGCAAGGGCUCAAAUGUAUAAUGCGAAAACACCUUCCAGACCACAGAUGGGUAAUUUGCUGUCUAGUCCCCUACUGGGUACAACAACACCUUACCACGAUGACCACUUUGCCGAUAUUCCAGAGGACGUGACGAUCUGCCCGAAUGUGGAUCAAGUAAGGUCUAGCAUGGGUUUAACACCUUUGAGUGAAAGCAGUCGUCAUGAGCCAGUAAUCGAGCAGUUGCAAUGCAGUCCCACAGACAAAGACAUUCGGAACACUAUUCUUCGAUCCUUGCAGCCGCCUUUGGCCUCGUACUCCGGAUACCACAAUCGCCCGCAAAGGGUAACUCAUUACGGCACUGAAGUCCAGAGGUUCUUCAAAGCGAAUAGCAAGCGUGGGAAGAGUGGAGACGAGGCGGCGUUUGAUCUGCCCAUCCUAGACCUACCCGGUGCUGAGAGAAGUUAUAUCAUCCGACGAGAGCUAGGCGCCGGGGCUUAUGCACCGGUCUACUUUGCGGAAAGCAUUGAAAGCCUACCGUCUGACUCGGAGAACGAAUCAACUGGCAACUCCAGCGGAAACUCCAACGGCACGACCAUUUCGAGCUAUAGCACCCCACGCUACGGUUUCGAGGCAAUUAAGCUGGAAGUUGGCCCGCCGAAUGAAUGGGAGUUUUACAUGAUCCGCACCGCGCACGACCGCCUGACCCGGAACACCGAGCUGUCUCGCGCCACAGACAGCAUCAUUCGCGCACACGAGCUCCAUGUGUACAAAGGCGAGAGCAUACUGGUGGAAGACUACCGUGGUCAGGGUACAAUUUUGGACCUGGUCAAUCUCGUCCGCAACGAACCAAUUUCGACAAGCACCAAUAGUGAAGGUGGAUUGGAUGAGGUGCUUGCCAUGUUCUUCACAGUCGAACUGUUUCGCACCAUCGAGGCUCUGCACGCAUGUGGGAUUCUUCACGGCGAUAUUAAAGCUGACAACUGUCUCGUUCGUCUGGAUGACAAACCCGUCCCACCACCUUCGCUCAUUGACUUUGACAAUGACUAUCUUGAUCCUCGCGAAGUGCACUACUCACCCAGGGGAUACCAUGGCUGGUGUAAUAAGGGCCUUUCCUUGAUCGACUUUGGUCGCGGGAUCGACAUGCAUGCCUUCUCACCGUCUGUCCAAUUCAUUGCCGACUGGGACGUGAAGAAGCACGAAUGCAACGAGAUUCGCGAGUCGCGACCCUGGACUCAUCAGAUCGACCUCUACGGACUGGCGGGGACCAUCCACGUGAUGCUCUUUGGCAAGUAUAUCGAGUCGAUGCCCGUCCGCAGCAGCGAGGGCGCCUCUUCCCCCUCGAGUGAGCCGCCUAGUCUCGCCUUAUCAGCCAGCAGCCGCACCUACCGCAUCCGCGAAUCCCUCAAACGCUACUGGGAGCGCGAGAUUUGGAGCGACGUCUUCGACCUCCUUCUCAACCCCGGCGCAGAGCGCUGGGUCCGGGUGGAGCGCGAGAGCGGGAACCCCGCGGCCGCCAGCCUCUCAGAUCCUGAGACCCCUGGUCCCGUCCUACCCGUGACCAGUUCAAUGAGACUGGUCCGUGAGCGGAUGGAGGACUGGCUGCUGGUGAAUGCAGAAAAGAAAGGACUUGGCCUGCAGAUCCGCAAAUUAGAGGCGAUCUUCGCCGAGCGGAAGAAAAGACUGGAGAAGGUCUGAUGGCACCAACCACUUGGUUUCUCCCACAUGGCUCUUCAGACUUAUUUUUGUUGUUUUGCUUUGUUUUCAUGAUGUCUGCAUUGAUUGAAACACACAUACCUACACGUCGGACCCCCUUUUAUACCCAUAGCAUGCUUUCAGAUGUGGCUGUUUUUGUUGCGCAGCGUUGGCGUUUUCGGGGUGGGAUCAUUUUUCCCUUCUGGUUUGACCUGGAUCGAAUCAAUGGGG